AUUUUCUCCCAUUAGCCCCGGCUGCAAAUACGUCGCGCUGGGGUUUCCGUAGUUUCCGCUUCCGGCCGCGCGAAGGCUGCGAUUCCUCUGGGUAUUGAGCGCAGGGUGAGGCUCUUUUUCUUCGUCAUCCUUUAGGUCUUGCAGAGUAAAUCCAAGGUCAUGGCAAAACAUCUCAAGUUCAUUGCUAGGACCGUGAUGGUACAAGAAGAGAACGUGGAAGGUGCAUACAGAACCCUAACCAGAAUCCUCACCAUGGAUGGGCUCAUUGAGGACAUCAAGCGUCGACGUUACUAUGAGAAGCCAUGCCGCCGGCGACAACGAGAAAGUUACGAAACCUGCCGGCGGAUCUAUAACAUGGAAAUGGCUCGAAAGAUCAACUUCUUGAUGCGAAAGAAUAGGGCAGAUCCAUGGCAGGGCUGCUGAGCUCUGUAGAUAGGAUGCUGAUAGGAAAACCUUCGUAUGCUUUGUGUCUCCACCUCUUCUUUCCAGCAUCCCAUUUUCAGAUACCUUUCUCUACAAUAAAUUCAAUUCUAUGUAUGUAAGAACCAAUCCCAUUUAUCAGCAAUAUGCCCUCUUAUUUUAUUAAAUGA